GCCUGUGCGGUGAUGUCAUUGGAGUAAACAGAAAAGAUGGCGACGCCUUGUAACGGAGGAGAGCGGCUUUCUGGAGCGAGCGGCGGAGCGGCCGAGCCACGGCCCAAGACCCUGACGGAGCUGCCCGCCGAGCUGCUGGAGUACAUCCUGUGCUUCCCCGCGCUCUCCCACACCGACAUCUGCAGCGUGUCGCGCUGCUGCCGGAGACUGCACGACGUCUGCCACAGCAGCGGGAAGGUCUGGAGCCACCAGUACAAACUCAGGUGGCCCAGACUCCAGAGACUUUAUCGUCAGAAUGAAUCCUACGACUGGCAGAAGGAGUACAGGACCAGGCACAUGGUGUGUCUACAGAUCCAAAGAACAGUGGUGUCCAUCUCCAAGAGAUUCUUCACAGAAGUUCCUUGCGUUGGCCAGGUUCUGGGGGACAGCUUUACAGAGAUCGAGUCCCUGGGUGCUCCUGAACAUUUCUGCGAAGACGAGCUCCUCUCCAUUCUCAAUUCCGACAGAAGAAAAAGCUUGACUCUCAAGUACUAUGCAAAGAAAAUCCUGUACUUCCUCCGCCAGCAGAACAUCUUAAGGAGUCUGAAGGCCUUCCUGGAGCGUCCUCCGGAGGAGCAGUCUGCGCUGGAAGGUGCUGUAUUAGUGGAUCAGUAUUGUAAUCCUCUGGCUGACGUUACCCUUGAAAGUAUAUCUGCCCAGCUGAAUGACAUCACUGAGAAGGUGAAGAAGUAUCUACGAGUGAAGAACGCCUCCCAUCCCAGCCUGAGAACAAGCCAAGGUGACUGUUUAUUAGUGGAGGAUUUUGAGCUCCAGAGGCAGGUCAUCUGUGCCCUCAACGCAGUUUUAUACGAGCAGCUCCAGUUUAAGGGCAACGAAUGUGACUACUACAACCCCCUCAACUCAUACAUACACCAGGUGCUACUGCGGCGGACCGGUAUUCCCAUCAGCCUCUCUGUGUUGUAUAUGAUGCUGGCAAGAAAGCUGGGUGUCCGCCUGGAGCCGGUCAACUUCCCCAACCACUUCCUGUUACGGUGGUGUCAGCGCCAGGCCAGUAGUGAGGAUAUUUACGACUAUGUGUACAUCGAUGCGUUCGGGAAGGGGAAGCAGCUGACGGCUAAAGAGUGUGAGUACCUGAUCCGUCAGCAGGUGACAGCAGAUUACUACAGCUCCAUCAGCACCACAGAGCUGCUGCUGAGGAUGGUGGGUAACCUGCUCAACAUCGGCAAAAGGGGAGAAGGCAAUGAGAAGUCGUAUCAGCUGCUGAGGGACUCUCUGGAUCUCUACCUCACCAUCGACCCUGAUAACGUCCAGUAUUUACUGCUGCAGGCCAGACUCUACUUCCACCUGGGCAUCUGGCCUGAGAAGGUUCUGGAUAUCCUGCAGCACAUCCAGGCUCUGGACCCGUCUCAGCACGGUGCUGUUGGGUAUCUGGUGCAGCACACUCUGGAACACAUCCAGCACAAGAGACACCCCAUAGAGCCCGAGGUGAAGAGACGCAGUGCCCCCGAACACUGCCAGGUGCAGUACUCUGUGGGUCUCGUCAUGAAACACAAGAGGUCAGGUUACAACUGUGUUAUUUAUGGAUGGGAUCCCAAAUGCACGAUGAGUCAGGAGUGGAUCACCACCAUGAGAGUCCAUCAGCUGCCCAACGGUGCCAAUCAGCCGUUCUACAACGUACUGGUGCAGGACGGCACCUGCCGAUACGCCGCGCAGGAGAAUCUGGAGCCUCACUCUGCUCCGUUAGAAAUCGCUCACCCCGAGGUCGGCCGCUACUUCACCGAGUUCACCGACACUCACUACAUCUCCAACGAGGAGCUCCAGACCCGUUACCCCGACGACACGGCCGAGACCCAGAGCGCCGUCCACGAGCUGUACCACGUAAACACCCCCCCCAACUCAGGGCAUCCAGCCGCCGGGCCGAGCGCUGACCACACCCACCACCACGCCCACAACACCUCCAACACACCUCCAAACUGACCCCACCCUCAUCCCCCAUCCCAUCCCCUCCUCUCUCUCACUCUUACAUCACCGAUGCUAAGCUCCUCCCACACCUUUCACACUGGUCCAAUCACCUGCUC